AUGGGCGGCCGGAGCCAGAACUCAGCCGCCCAAAAUGCCGUCCUUCGGAUCGUUGUCGUCGGCGGCGGAGGUGUCGGAAAAUCCGCGCUCACCAUUCAGUUUAUACAGGUAUGUAGUGUUCUUCUUGUUCAAGUUUUGCGUGCUGGCUCGGAGUGUGAUCUUUGCAAAAAAAAUGAGUCUGGAUUGAAGACACCGUUUAGUUUCAGUCAUCGUCUAUUCGAUUAGACGAUCAAACUACAGUUCGACUUGUAAAAAGUGACAAUAUCAAUUAGAAUUCUGGCGAAACGUGUCGGUUGCCAAUGUCGAAUUUGCCUCAUUCAUUAUCAUGUUACCGCCUCGCUGCCACCGCCACAUUUCGGCCCAUUGUCUGUGCGUGUGUGGGUGGUCGUUGGCUUCAGAAGAGAAGGUCACUGACAAUACACACAUAUAUAUAUCCAUUUCUGACACAAAAUGUAGAGAACACACUCGGCCGCCUCAAUAAAAGCAUCGGAACACGACGAUUUUGAGAGAAAAAAUAUAAAAACUGUACGACUUUUGUGUGUUGUUGUUGUCUGUACAUGGCUGCACGUACAUGUACAUGUACGGCCUGAAUCGAAAUUGUGCGGAGGAAAAUUGGAAAUUGGAGAAAAGGAGUUGAGUCACAAGGCUUCUAGUGGGAAACGUCAGACAACACUCACUUUUUGUUGUAUACACGGGGGGCUAACCUUGACAGCUUUCAAAUACGAAUACUGUACAGUCCGAAGACGUCUUAGGGGGGUCUAGAAUUUUGUUUGGUAAAGUCUUCUCAUCUAGCACUUGAUGUUUGGAGUUUACUACUUUACUGUAGCUCGUGAAAACGAACCCAAACUUCAGAAGCCUACAGUAAUCUUCCAAGUGAUCGUAGGGAAACGUUGUCAAUUGAAAACAUAUAGUGCUAGAUGUCGAGACUUUACUUAAGACAACUUUGAACCGGUAGGACGUAUCCUAGCCCUAUUAUAUGUGUUCAAAGUUUAAAGAUUAGCAUUCUAGAGUCCUAUAAGGCCUUCUAGACCCUAUUUCAUAGAAAAGUACAGGAUAAACACGAAGUUUCAUAGAUCGACGCCUAAAUUUUCUUCUUUUUUUUCCUCGCCGAUUCCCUCUCGAAUUUCACAUUUCUAUUGUAAGCUUCUCCGUGCCGGGGUCGCGUCCUCUUCUCUUUUCCCGAAAAUAAUCCUUGUGUGUGUGUGAGUCUCACUCCGAGUCGACAAAACAGUGAGGGUGUUUUACUCGUGUGCCAAAUGUUUGUCGCUCUCACUCUCGCUCUCCCCCAUCUACCAGUAAGUGUUUGACCAGUGAUGGCGAAGAAAAAGUGGGAACAAUCGUGGAAAUGUAAUAUGUAGCACAGAAAUCAUUUGCAGAGGUACUUUGUGCAGGACUACGACCCGACCAUCGAGGAUUCCUACACCAAACAAUGCUUCGUCGACGAGGAUUUGUGCAAACUAGAAAGUCGGUGGCCGUGGCCUAGAAAACCGAAAAAACCCCGCCAGUUAUUUUCAGUCCUCGACACCGCCGGCCAGGAGGAGUUUUCGACGAUGCGCGAGCAGUACCUGCGCACCGGCAGCGGAUUUUUGAUCGUCUUCGCCGUGACCGAUCGCAAUAGGUUGGUGUGUUUGUGUUUGUUGACGGGCUUUCGUGCGAAAAAAGUUGGCACGGUGCCAAGUGGCGGGCACUUCAAAGAGCUUCAAGAAAGGAGGUGACCUUAAACAUAACCUUACAUCUGCGGUCGGUAACACAGAAUUUCAGUCCAACAAGGGCUCGAGUCCGUUCGUUUGUUCCGCGCGGACGGGGCCGCUGCUCGAUCCGAAAUUUUGCGGUGUUUGAGGAUGCUCUUCGCGCCGAUCCUCCGUUCGCCCCUCGAGUCGAUUAUUAUUUGGUCACCUCCGCGUAACACACAAACAUGCCGAUUCGGCCCGCCAAGACUCAUCCAAUAUGAUGACAUUCUGCAGCUCCACAAAAACCAACAACACAAACGAGAAAGCAUGAGCGCUCCGAUAAAUUUUUAGGGGGGGUUAGACUUGAGUUGACCCCCACGAGAAGCCGCCGCCGCCGUCUUCGUGUUUGAAACAUUUGGUCGGCGCGAGGGGAGGGAAGAAGCACAUGGGCCCCGGUGAUAAAUGACCUAUAUUUUUCAAAUAGCAGCGGGGGCACAUCACACUGAGCGCCUCCUCAACGAUAUGUUAUUCAAAAGUGGAGGAGCAGAUUCAAAUUUACAAGAACGGGGCGUUUUGGAACAUGAUUUUUGAGCCUUUACAGUACGAAAAACUUGUUGUAAACUAUGAAAAUGCUCAACUCGAACACAAUUUGGCUGCCUAUGUUCAAUUCGGCCCGCUCCCAUCUUUGACCUUUCGGUUCCGCUCGGCUCCACACAAAAAACACAUUUUUGUUUACGUCUUCUUCAGUCGGCCGCGCAGCUGUUGACGCCCCCAUGGAAUAUAUAUAUAUAUAUAGAUGGAUAUGAAAUAAGAGGCCGUACAUUGAGGGGUCUGUAAUAAAAUGUGUUCCACACACGGGCGGGCUACUACUGUUAUGGUCCUGAUGGCCUUGGAAACGAAAUGAAAUGAAUGAACGAGAAUAUCAAAUGACUCAUUUUAUGAUAGGUUAAUCUGUUUUAUGAGCGCCGCAUGUCGGCCGCCCGAGAUGGACCUACUUUUUUGGAUGGGGAAAAGGAAUAGACAAGACAAUCAAAUAUCGUUUCAGUUUCGAAGAAGUCAAAAAGUUGCACGAGUUGAUAUGCCGGAUCAAGGACCGCGACGAGUUUCCGAUCAUUUUGGUGGGCAAUAAGGCGGACCUCGAGAAUGAGAGACAUGUAAGUGUUACUAUUUCGAUAAAGCCGUCUCUGGAAAAAAAACCCCAUAAACACUUUCUCUUUCUCUCUCUCUUCUCGUCUCAUCAUCAUCAUCAUUUGUGUGCUCAUUCAUGUAAUCCGAUGCUCUUUUCCUCUUCUCUCUUUGUGCCCCAUAAAAACCGAAACCAUAAACUCUCGGAAGUCGGCGGUCGGCGGAGAAUCGCAACAUUUCGGCACACGACACGACAUCUUUUCUGCUUUCCUUUUUGUCCAUUUCGAAAGGGACCACUAAAACUGAUUGAGCUACUAUGUAUAGCCGUUUCCUUGAAAAAACGCGUACCUAGCGGAGGAACACGAAAAAGUGUGAGUACAUAGUACUACGAAAGGAAGGAAAUGCGCGCAUACUUCACCGAAAAAAACGUUUGCGAGCUCCGAACUUUUCUCAACAUACAAUAGGCCUAGGGGUGCAGAGUACAUAGAAACAGGGCUGGGCAAAAGGCUGGCCCAGGAUUUUCGAAGGCUUUUUGAGACCUGGACCUUUGGACCAAUUGGAUUGAAGUAUGUUGAGUCUGAGCUUCAGACCAAUUGAAUCAAAGGUCGUGCUUUUGCGAUAUUGUUUUUGCGGCCUUUCCGGCCUCUGAUCCACAUAUCUCGGGACCAAAUUAUCCGAUCGGUCUGAAACUCGGACUCACUGUACUUCAAUCCAAGUCCAGAAGUCUGCAAAGUUUGGGCCCGAUCGGAUAAUUGCAAGUGGGUCAAACGUCCAGGCUUCAAAAAGUCUGGGUCAUCCUUUUGCCCAGCCCUGCAUAGAAAUUAAAAAACAUGAAAUACAUUAUCGGAAAACACUUGUGAGUGCGCUCUUCUCAAGUGCCCCUCGAAACAUGCACAUGUCACACUCAACUUUUUUUUUCGCAAAUUUUCAACUCUAGAGGUCUUUUGACCAGCAAAGUGACGAAAAAACUGAAAGUGCCAGCAAAUUGUUGAGCAAACGGUAGUGAAUUCGAGAGAAAACCGACAAGAAACAUUUGCUCACUAUUAUUUUCAGGUGGCACGUCACGAAGCGGAAGAACUCGCCCAUCGGCUCGCCGUUCCGUACUUGGAGUGUUCGGCAAAAUUGCGCAGAAAUGUCGACGAGGCGUUUUUCGAUAUUGUUCGAUUGGUUAGGUAAGAAACAUCGAAAGUUGUGGGUUACUGUAGGGCUUUAAAGGCGCACUACCCGAACUUUUCGUCUUCGACGGGUCUCGCCACGAAUUUUUGACCGAAGUGUAAACAUUUGUGCAUUUUUCAGAAAAUACCAACACGACGAACGGAUGCCAAUUCCUCUUGACGAUCGGAAGUUGGAGUCGCCGAUCAAGCUGAAAAAGAAGAAAAAUUGCCGAAUUCAAUGA